CACACAGCCGUACGCACGCGCAGUAAAAACGACUCUCCGCCAUCUUGCGGCUGUCGUCCCAACCACAAUCCCUGAAUUCGCGCCAAUUCCGUUGAUUCCGGCGCUUGGACAACGCUUUCUCACGACAUUCCACACAUUUUAAUCGAUCAGAAGCUGAUAAAAGUCUGAAUAAAAAGGGAUUCGGGACGAUUGAGUCGUCGGGAGGAUUUUGAGAGGUUUCAGACACUGAAAGGAGUUAACAUGAAACCGGGAGGUGCCACGAAAGUUGCCGUCCCCCAAUCUGCACCACUCGAGGAUAAAUCCAGGAAGACUCUGCACAAUCUUCAGCCAGCAGCCACUGACAAGGAGAAUCUGGUGGGUGCAGGGAGAGUCCUGAGGUCUGGUGUGACUACCAAGGUCACACCCAAGGAUGAGAUGUCAGCAAAACCAAAAUCAGACACUGGCAAGAAGAUAAAGAAGGUAACCCACAAGGACAAGGCAUGUCAAACUGCCAGGGGAGACAAAAUAAAGAUCGAGGUUGAGGACUUGACAUCGGAGGCUGGCCCCAGUGAGAACUACUGGCAGGUGCUCGCCGAGAGACGAAGGAUAGCUCUCGACGAUGCCCUGGAGGAGAACAAAGAUCUCUCCAACCGUCUGGAGAAGCUGGAGGAGGAGAAUAAAACCUACAAGGAGAUGCUGGACGAGACGAGAGCCCUCGUCGAGGUGCUCCAGGACAUGAUUGGAGAGGAUCGCCCUGACAUCAACAACUCCCUGGACGACAGUGUACUCUGAUAGACACCUAGUUAGUCAAUACUUAAGUACAAUAUUUUUUAUCAAUCUCUUAAUACUUAAAGAUAAGAACAGACUGACGUAAACUUUUUCAUAAAAAAAGAAGUGAGAAAAUAAUAAUUAUUGUAAGAGAAAUACUUUGACUCUUUGAUGAGUUUAAAGAUAGAGCUAACGACUCAAGCUAAAACAAAUAUCGAGUAUCACCGGUGUUAAAUGCAUAAAAUCAACAAAAUUGCAACAUUGACUAUCACAAGCACAAAGGAAAAUCGUUGCCAAUUUAUUCAGCAAUAGUUUGAUGGUAAAGUUUUGAAGCAAUUGAAAACUUUUCUCAGUGAAAAAAUAGAAAACGACUCUUGUUAAUUAGCAAACAAUCUCUCUAAUCUUCGUCUUUGAAACGACGGUAUAUCGAUUGUACGUAAGUGAAGACGCACUUCCAGUCGGGUCGUCGCAUCAUCACCAUGUCAUCUACGUCGAGCAAUGGUGUUAUGUCAGCGAUUUCCCUGAAAAAUAAUUCAUAAUAGUUGAUCGCGAUUUAUGCAUUUAACGAUAAUUAAGGGGAUUUUUGUAUUGGUGAGAUUUUUGUUGGCGACAGUAAUACUUAGAUGAAUGAAUAAAAAUUUAUGUGGACUCUUACUCA